UGAAAUAAUUUAAAGACAAGAAUACAAUGUUUGGUCAAACAAAUUAUAUUUAUAAAUAAUAUUUCUUAAAAAGAUGAAAGAGUGUCCGUUGUGUAGGAAAAGAGAAGGAAGAAGAGAACAUUCUUCUUUUUUCUUUCUCAAUAUUUUUCCCUUCAAUCCCCUUCUCCUUUUGUGUCUUUCACUUUACCCAUUUAUUCAGAAAACCCAAAGGCUCUCCCAACAAAUUCACACACUAUUUCAUUUUUGUCUUUGCAUCUGCGGCUUGCUUUAACAUGUCCAUACUCCGCAUUGCAUAUUACCAUUUGGUAUGAAUGAAUCCCACUACUACUGACCCAACACAGCCCCCUCCACCACUGCCUCCACCGCAGCCACCUCGUUCUUCAUUCAGUUGUGACAAACACCCCGAUGAAGAUUUCACUGGAUUUUGUCCUGAAUGUCUGUGUGAACGCCUCACCACCUUAGAUCAAACUGUCUCUAAUAACACCAUUAGCACUGGUCGCCCUUCUACUUCUUCUGCUAUUAAGGCCCUUUUUACUAAAACUUCUGCUAUUACUCUUCCUCCUAAACCCACCUCUAAACCCACUUCAUUUUUCCCUGAACUUCGUCGUACUAAGUCAUUUUCCGCUUCUAAAAACGAGGGGUUAAGCUUCUUGGGUGGGUACUUUGAGCCUCAACGUAAGUCUUGUGACGUUCGUGUGAGGAGUACGCUCUCUUCCUUAUUUUCCAUCGACGGCGGGGAGACUACUGGUGAUGCUGCUGUUGUUAAUAAGUCUGUAAUCGAAGAGUCAGAAACUGAUCAAAUCAGCAACACUGGUAACGGGAAUGUGGUGAACGAGAUAACUGAAGAGUCCCCUGUAGAAAGCAGUCAGGUCGUUUCAGAAAUUGUCGAAGAAGAAGAGGUGGUGAAUGGGGAUAUAUUGUUGAAGCCAAUGAAAGAUCAUAUAGAUCUCGAUUCACAGGUGAAAAAGCCUGGAGGUGGAGGAAGGGACUUGAAGGAAAUUGCGGGUAGUUUCUUGUCAGCUGCAUCAGUUUUCAGCAAGAAAUGGCACAACUGGAGGAGGAAACAGAAGGCAAAAAAGCGAAACCAUUGCGAGAACUCAUCAACACUGUCAUUGGAGAAGCCUAUUUCGAGGAAAUUUAGGGAUACACAGUCUGAGAUUGCGGAUUAUGGGUUUGGGAGGAGGUCUUGUGACACUGAACCUCGAUUUUCUCUCGAUAUUGGGAGGAUUAGUGUUGAUGAUCCUAGGUAUUCCUUUGAUGAGCCACGAGCUUCGUGUGAUGUUCACUUCAUGGGAAGGAGCAUUCCGAGAGUUCCACCUAUGGUUUCAGUGAUAGAAGAUGCACCAGUACUGCAUGUUCAACGUGCAGAUGAUCAAAUUCCGGUUGAAGAAUCGCGUGUUUCAGUUGAGGAAACUGAUAUGCCUGGAGGGUCAGCUCAAACUAGGGACUAUUACUUGGAUUCGUCUUCGAGGAGAAGGAAGAGCCUUGAUAGAUCUAACUCAAUUAGGAAAACAGCAGCUGCUGUAGUGGCAGAAAUUGAUGAGAUGAAGGCAGUGUCUAAUGCUAAAGUUUUGCCUGAGAGGGAUUUGAAUUCGAUAUCCAAUUCAAAUUCGAAUUCUUUAAGGGAUGAUUUCUCGGAGACUUUUGAAUUGACGGGGUUUAAGGAUAGUGCUUCCGGGAUGGGAAAUGGGGAGCGGAAGGGAUCAAAAAAGUCGAAGAAAUGGGCGUGGAAUAUAUGGGGUUUUAUACAUAAGAAAAGUAAUGGAAACAAAGACGAGGAAGAUGACAGGUAUAGUAGAUCAAAUGGAGUGGAGAGGUCAUUUUCGGGAUCUUGGCAUGACAUAAGGAGGGAGACAAAUGGUGAUGGAAAAGGGGGUCUUAAUAGGAAUAUGUUUAGGAGUAAUAGCAGUGUUAGUUGGAGAAAUUCAACUAAUAUUGGUGGAUCUUUUGGAACUGUGAGGAAUCUUGGUAUUGAUACUAAUGGCAAUGGUAAAAAGAAAGAUGAUUUCGUGUUGGAGAGGAAUCGGAGUGCAAGGUAUUCGCCUAAUCAUAUCGAUAAUGGGUUCUUGCGGUUCCAUUUUGCUCCCAUGAGAGGCAGCCGGAGAGGUUUACCUGCACAAAGUAGGCCAAAUGGGAGGAGCUUACUUCGCCUGUACUGAAAUCCAAGGAACUCGAUUUAAGGCUUUACAAUUACCGGAAGUUGCUCAUCUUUCUUGUUAACAACGGCAAGAGUAAAGUGUCAGUCCUGUUUUAAGGUUUCCGCAUGGACUUGUUGGUUAAGAGAGGCUCUAGCGUAACUCAGUCAGAGAAGAUUGUAAGAAAUUCAGUUUCCCUGGGAGAACUGAACUUAUCGGAGAGCAUUGGAUUGCAAAGAUGCCAAAGAAUCUGAUUCCUCAGUUUAAAUGACUGUUGUUUACACUGCUGAAGUAUGGAUACAGAUUGAGUAGAAAAACUGAAUCUUUCUUCCUUCAACUGUAGCACCUACAUAAAAGAUUUCACUGAAUUGGUGUAUGUAGCACAAUGCCUUCAUGGUUCAGAAGAUACACGUUUGGUCCUGGGAAUAUAUAUUAUACUAUAUAGAUUUACAGCGUAUUAUUACUUGCUUGAUUGGUUCUGUAUGUCCGUUUCUUUCGAUGGGUUGUUGGCUAAUUGUAAAAGUGAUAAAUUGUUCAUGUUGCACUUGAAAGUCUUGCUAGUAGUAAUAUUUUUCAUCUUAGGUGAUCA